AUGGCUCCAAAGGCGGCAGAGAAGAAGCCCGCAGAGAAAAAGCCCGCCGCCGAGAAGGCUCCGGCGGAGAAAAAGCCGAAAGCCGGAAAGAAAUUACCAAAAGAAGGCGGCGCAGCGGCGGGAGACAAGAAGAAGAAGCGGGUGAAGAAGAGUGUUGAGACCUACAAGAUCUACAUCUUCAAGGUGUUGAAACAGGUUCACCCUGAUAUUGGAAUUUCCAGCAAGGCCAUGGGUAUCAUGAACAGCUUCAUCAAUGAUAUAUUCGAGAAAUUGGCUCAGGAGGCGUCCAAGCUCGCCAGGUACAACAAGAAACCUACCAUUACUUCGCGGGAGAUCCAGACUGCCGUGAGACUGGUUCUGCCUGGGGAAUUGGCUAAGCAUGCCGUUUCAGAAGGUACAAAAGCUGUCACCAAGUUCACCAGCUCUUAG